GCCGAGGAGCGUGCACGGAAGGAGGCUGAGGAGCUUGCACGGAGGGAGGCUGAGGAGCGUGCACGGAGGGAGGCCGAGGAGCUUGCACGGAGGGAGGCUGAGGAGCUUGCGCGGAAGGAGGCCGAGGAGCUUGCACGGAAGGAGGCUGAGGAGCUUGCGCGGAGGGAGGCUGAGGAGCGUGCGCGGAGGGAGGCCGAGGAGCGCGCACAGCGAAAAGCCGAGGAGCGUGCACAAUGCGAGGUGGAGACGCGUCGCGUUGAAUCCAAGGACUUUAUGCCAAACGUUGGUUGUGCGGCGGCUUCUACCGCGGAAGCCAAUUUGAAGCCUAAACGUCUGCUUGGAGUUUCUUCGACCCUGUCAGAUGAAUGUGGUCCCGGCUGUGGCGACGAGUCCGAUGACGAGUACGAGGCGACCUCCACUACAAGUUAUAGCACCAACAGUCGUGGGGUCGCGCAGGUUGAGAAUGACAACGGCCUUCUCUCUGGUGUAUCAGACAACGCGUCGGACUUUUUUUCCGACGCGAAUCCUCCACCUGAAGUCUUUGAGCAAUAUGCGUCGCAGGAGUUGCACCGGCUUGGCCUCACGGAGGCGGAGUUGCGCUGCCGGCGCAUCGAGUGCCAUCAGUACGAGACGAUACGUGAGCCCGGCCGCUGUUUGUUUCCGCCCGGCGAGCACCGGGAAGGCGAACUCUCCGCCGCAAGCGUGCAGCUCGGUUUCUUCCGCGCGAAGCAGGUGAUUAUCUCCAGCUCGCUUCCGCGCCAGAAGAAGGUGGCGGAGCGGGAGCGGCGCGAUGAUCCGGGGCAGCGCCCGUUGAGCACACUUCACGGCUUCUUUGAGAGCGAGCUCCUGCUAGACCCCGCCGUGACGUUCGAUGACGAGGACCUUCCACACAAUGCCCCCGCGGAGUGCGUGAUGACGGAGCGGGAGCUGCUCUCGGGCCCGGCGGACACGGCGGUGAGGCGAGCCCUGUCGAGGCUUUCCUUUGGGGACCCCAUCCAGCUCUGGGAGAGGGCCCGGGGCCACUCCUUCGACCUCCUCAAAGCCGGUGGCAAAAACUCGCAGCGGCAGCCGACGCACACCAGCGGUGCGACCGCGAACGCCAUUUGGGUCAGUGAGAUGGAUGCAAAAAAGCCGAUCACCGCCGUGAAGGUUUUCGCCGGUGGUGCCCCGCUACGGGUGGAGUGCACCAAAAUUGGCGGUCCCAUGGCGGACAUUCACGGGAGUGACGUGGAUCCGGUUAUUCUCUCCAUGGCAUUCUUCAGUGUGACGGGGAACAGCCGGAUGAAGGUCUCCGAGACAUUCUUCUUUGACUCCGCGGUUGACAUCUUUUACCCCCACAAGGAGCGCCAGGAGCUGAUUCAGCGAAACGAGGUGGUGACGUUUGUGCCGCGGGAGUUUAUGAGCUCACUGUACCUUAUCGUGCACGUGUACCGCCCUGCCAGCGAGGAAUUCGAGAACUACGUCGACCUCUACACGAGGCCUGACCGCUACAAGAGUCAGCACGUCGUCCCAAUGAAGCAGGAGACGCAGCUGCUCGCCAUGACCUCCGAUGCGCUUGAGGAGUUGGGCUGGGGGUUUGUCGCCUGCGGGCGGCGCCCAAGCGCACUCGCAGAGACGGUUUCAUUUAAAAAAUUGUACCGGAAAUCCGUUACUGAUGUUCAGCUUUGCAAGCUCGUGGAUGAUGAGCGAGAAAGAAACGCGCUGCGCACGGUCCCCUUUGAGAUUGAGCUCACAAUCACAGACUGCGCGUCACACGAGGUGGCUUUUCCUUCGCAGUACGCGGAACCGCUUCCAGAGGAGAACGAGACGAUGGUGAGUCUUUUAGACCCAGACAUCCCCGGGGCCCGGGCGCAGACCUACCGGUAUGUUCCCUGCGCCAUUCCCAUUCUCAACUCCGGCUUUUUCUCCGCAUACCAUAGCGUCUACUACUUCCGCCUGAAUAGAGUGAAAUUGCUGAACUCUGGCAGUCUUCGCAAGGUGCCGAACACGCACCGCACCUACCUGAUGCAGAUUUGCGUGAAGGACAAGGACAUCUCCCUUGGGGAGGAGGGACUACCACUGAUUUAUGGACGUGGAUUGUCAGGGAGGAAACUGGAGACCUCCGCGUGGAGCUCGACGGUCCAUAACAGCUUGGAUUUUGAAUUGAACGAUGAAUUCAAGAUCCAACUGCCCCUUUUCCUGACGGAUGCGCAUCACAUCUUUAUCACGCUGUACGCUACUUGCCAGAAGAAAAGUCUCCCCGUGGACGGUCAACAGAGACUGUGCAAGGUCGGUUACGCAGCCUUCCCUCUCUGUCGGAAUGGCGUGCUGCGCGUGAAGCAGGAUUGGGCGAUCAACUUCGUCUCCGCGGAGCAGGCUGUGGUGAUCGCUGCCGGUGGGUAUCUUAGCAAGUUCCCGGAGGCGCCGCGGUUGGCGCUGUUGAACAACGGCCUCCCUGUUUUACAUGCCUCAACGCAAACCCGUACGUCUGUCCACGCCUCGAAUGAGGUCAUUGCGGGCAUCCUGCGGGGUGUGACGCCCGCCUUGAAGAGCAUCUCACAAAACGACGAGGUGUUCGCAGUUUCAGGGACCUUAACGGCGGGCCAAGUCGCAUGCGAUGAUGCGGCGCAUUCCAAGAUCAUUGCCCUGAUGCGGAAGCUGCCACUUGCAGAGAUUCUCGCUUUUUUCCCACUUCUGUCGUUUUUCAGUCUCGCGCUUGUCAGCUCUCCUUCGUCCAGUGUGAGCUUGGACUGCCGCACGGCGGCGCUGGACGUUUUGGUUGACAUGACUUACAGGUCCCAGGAGUACGACAUUGCCACGCAGGCCUCGAGGCGGCGCCAGGGGCAAGAGUCAACGCCUGGACCCAUGUGGACCUCCGUGACGACAAUCCUGUACUAUCACCUCUCAAACAAUCUCCUGUACGAUGGGCAACGGUACCCGCUGUACGCGGGUGUGGCGGAGGUGUGGCUGAACUUGUUGGCCCAAGCGAGAACGGCUCCGGGUGCCCCAGCGCCGAGCACUUCGUCGGAUGGAGGCUCCAAUGCCCCCAGUAGCACCAAGGGUGGUGUGCCGGCGCAGCGGAAUAUCAAGAAGCAAAUGACGGAUCUCUCAUGGUAUUUGUUUGACGUCAUACUCCGCUCUGUGUAUCUGUCGGCUUUGGAGAACCCCAAUACACCCCGCACCGAGUUGUUUCAUCCCAGCUUCUACGCAGUCGUACAAAAACUCUGCACCGAGGUGCUUGACGUGCUUGCUGGCUUCACCGUUGCUGGAGUUUUGGUGCGUCGGGUCGCGUUGUUUGUGCGCAACCUUGGCAACUACUGCGAUCGUGGGCAGCUGCUGGAGGUCUAUCACUGCGUGGUGAAGUUCUUGGAGGACCGGGGAGAUAUGGAGGGGCUGUGCGUGUUUUUGAAAAUAACGCUGGAGGAUCCGGAUGUCGUGGGGUUAAUGCUGCCCUUGUCGGCCCACGCCAACCCCAUCUUUUUCACCCGCAUUUUGCUGGACGCCUUGUCACGCCUGUUACUUCACCGUGACCGCGACACAAGGGCGGCGGCGACGGAAAUGCUCUACUCCUUCCUUUGCGGUCUUGCGAACAACCCACGCGUUCCCGCCGCCAAUCUUCGCUGGGUGGCCUCCCAACUCUUCUCCCUGCUGCGGCCGCUGUCGCUGCAGUGGAAGUCGUAUUUGCAGCUCUGCGAGAAGGUGGAUGCGGCCACUGCCGUUGCCGAUAAGCGGCAACUCGUCGUGUGCAUGUUGUGGAUCACGUACUACACCUCUCGCGACAUCAUACGCCAGUGGCUGGCGGAGGAGACGGACAGCAAGGCCCUCGCCGGGUUUCUGGGGAUUACCACCGAGGCGCAGUCGCUGCUUCGCUACAACGCGGGUACCGACAAGGCAGACCUGCACGGGGCGAAGGGCACAACGAAGGAGUUACGGGAGUGGGAUGCCCGCAUGUCGACCUUUACGACGGCCAUGGGAUCGCGGAUGUGCAACAUUUUUCUCGAGGAUGUUCCGCACGUUCUGCGCACGCUACGCGACGACCAGGCAAACAUAGCCGUGUAUCCAUUUUUUGUUAUGCUGGAGAAUCUUCUGCACUUGGGAAACUCCACUGUGGCGCUCCAGUUCGGUUCCGCCGCCUUGUUUGAGGUUGUCUGCUCCUUGUUCCCGGAGAUCAUCAGUGGGACGGCGCGGAUGGGCAGCGGCAUGGUGCUGCUCGCCUUUCGCCUGAUGAGUAGUUGUUGCCAGUACGUCCGCGCAAUUGCCGGGCGAGCCUUUUUCCUCAUGAGUCAGUCGUACUUCAAAUGGAACCGGUCCCUCGCGCGAAUGAAGUCGCUUACCGCCAACGCAUUGGUGUCUGUGGCGGAGUCUAAGACGCGGGAUCUUCGUCUGGCGGGGAGGUUCAUUGAGUUCCAGUUUGACGACCUGCUAGAGCGCGCCCACGCGGAGGAGGAGCAUUACCGGGCACCCUCGCAGACCUACGACGAGCGCUACGGGGGCGACGGCCACCAGCCUGGCGGCAACUCUGGCGCGAAGUACCGUUACCGCGUCGAUCCCCUGUUUCUCUCCGUGCAGCGCCGCCUCUCCGUCCCAAAGUACCUGCUGGAAGGGGAAAAGAGGGAGAGGGGGGCGGACCUGCACGCCGGGCACGACGCUGCGGGGGUGUACGACAGCAGCGAGAAGACGCCGCCACGCUUCUCGGAGGAGUUUGCCGCAAUGUCUGCGUCUGCGCUCAGUCUUUUUCGCGACGUCUUACGACUGCAGGUGGACGACUCGAUGCGGUUCAAGGAGGCGAAGGUGUUUGCGUACUUCGAGGUGGUGCGCAACUUCCUUCGACAAAAUGCGCUUCGCGAGGUUCUGAAGUGGCUUCACCGGCUUCACAGCACGCACAAAGCCAACGGGGAUAUGGCGGAGGCGGGGAUGGUGCUCUUCUUCAUCGGUGCUUUGUGCUUCCGCGUGACGGAGAUGUUCUACCAGCUUAGGGGAAAAGACUCUCGCGGCGCACGCAUGCCGUUUGGCCUCUUGUCCUACGUCUUUUGGCACGACUACGUGCGGGUGUUGCCGGAGGUGGAUGUGCUGCUUCCCGUCGACACAAUCUACGCCAUCGUGUCUGGGCUCUACGUCUGCCCCGAUGAGGCCUGUUGCUCGGUGGAGGGGCAGGUGAAGGCGCUGAAGGAGGCCGCGGAGCACCUUGACAAGGACCACUACUACGAGUUCUCCCUCGGGGCCAUCGCCAUCGUGGACAAGUACCUGCGCGCCAUCGGCGACUACAAGGGGGCGGCGAUGGUGCACACGGCGAUGGCGACGUGGUGCACGGCCGUUGCCCAACAGGGCAAGCGGCGGAACCACCGCUACUUUCUUCUUUGGGCCCGCAUGGAGCGCGAGGAGCCGCGCAAGACGCGGCGGGAGCUGCAGGAGGAGGACACCGUGCUGGGCGAGCGGCCGCGGGGGUUGCCGGAGGGCCGGGCCAUUAAGCGCGUGUACAAGAUGCCGCCCGACACCCCGCUGAAGGAGUUCCAGGCGUACAGCAAGUCGUACAUCGACUCCCUCUUCGGGGACGCGAGCCUCGUCGUUCUCACAGACGACCUCGCCGACACCCUCCCGGCGCUGCCAGAGCCGACCUCCAAGAGGAAGCGGGUGGCCUCGCAGCACCAGCCGCCGAACCACUGCUGGGUCACCGUGUGCGAGGUGCAUGCAAGCUUUGCGAAGGGCGAGCCAGCGCCCCCCAACGGCUUUGACAAGUCAAUGCACCUGCAGAAGUUUGAGAGUAUUUUGUACGUCCGCGCGAAAACGGAGUCCACCGACACCGGGACGGAUGACGUGAUGAACCAACGCAUGUCCAUAAACGUGUAUGAGCUGGAUCGCGCCUUUCCCUCAACGACGAGCGCUAUUGAUGUCUGCAGGCUCGAAACGUCGCUGCUGAACGCCUACGAAACGGUAGUAGAAACUUUGCGACAGCGCACGGUGGCGAUUGAGCAGGCGCCUGAAACUGACACGCUCAUCACGGUGCUGCGGGAGGCGCUCUCGCCGAUGGGGAUCGCGCCCCCGGGCGCCUACAUGAAGGAGGUGAUCUCCGCCAUGGGCGGCAACAGCGAGGUCGUGGAGGCCGUCAAGUCACUCAGCGCGGCGGCGCGGAAGAAGUUGUCGGUGUGCGAAAAACGAAACGUGCUCGUUUCGCAGUCUGAGGACUACGCGCUCGUGCUGAAGGCGGUGACGGAUAUGGAGUGCUGCCUCAUCGCCGUGGUGGAUUCUCCUCGUGAGCAGUAUGAAUAG